ACUAUAUCAACCCCCCAUCCACUCACUCCCUUCGUCGCUCCAAAAAAAAAAGUUCCAAACAAAUCACUUGGCUUGUUUGGAGUACGAAUUUUUUUUAUACUUUCCCCCCUUUUCCCCUUGCUUGGCUUCGCGAAUUUACUUCGAAAUGUCACAAGCUCAGGCAAACGAUGCCGAGAAGAACAUUGAGAUCUGGAAGGUUAAGAAGCUCAUUAAGCGCCUUACCGAGGCGAGGGGCAAUGGUACAAGCAUGAUUUCCCUCAUCAUUCCGCCGAAGGAUCAGAUUUCUCGGGCUGCAAAGAUGUUGGCUGAAGAAUAUGGCACCGCCUCUAAUAUCAAAUCCAGAGUCAAUCGUCUUUCCGUCUUGUCCGCCAUCACCUCGACCCAGCAACGUUUGAAGUUGUACCCCAGGGUCCCACCGAACGGACUGGUGGUCUACUGUGGCGAAAUAAUCACGAGUGAGGGCAAGGAGCGCAAGAUUAACAUAGAUUUCGAACCUUUCAAGCCAAUCAACACCUCACUGUAUCUCUGCGACAACAAGUUCCACACCGAAGCUCUGUCGGAGCUCCUUGAAUCCGACAGCAAGUUCGGUUUCAUCGUGAUGGACGGUAAUGGUGCUCUUUUCGGAACUCUUAGCGGUAACACGCGGGACAUUGUUCACAAGUUCUCUGUCGAUCUCCCGAAGAAGCACGGCCGUGGUGGUCAAUCUGCACUUCGUUUUGCCCGUCUCAGGGAAGAGAAACGACACAACUACGUUCGGAAAGUAGCCGAGUUGGCCGUGCAGAACUUCAUCACCGCUGACAAGGUUAACGUUUCCGGCUUGAUUCUUGCUGGGUCGGCAGAUUUCAAGUCCGAGCUUGCCCAGAGUGAGCUGUUCGAUCAGAGGUUGCAGACCAAGAUCAUCAAGGUUGUUGACGUUUCGUAUGGUGGGGAAAAUGGGUUUAAUCAGGCUAUCGAGCUGGCAUCCGAGACGCUCAGCAAUGUCAAAUUUAUUCAGGAGAAGAAGUUGAUUGGCAGGUACUUUGACGAGAUCUCUCAGGAUAGCGGGAGGAUCUGCUAUGGUGUCGACGAUACCUUGAAGGCAUUAGAGCUCGGUGCUUGCGAGACUCUCAUCGUGUUCGAGAAUCUUGACAUAACUCGCUGGACCCUCAAGCCCUCCAGUGGAGCCCCGGUAAUUAUUCACACCACCAAGCUUCAGGAACAGAACCGGCAACAGUUCAUGGACAAGGGUUCGGGCCAAGAGAUGGAAAUCGUGGAACAAAUCUCCUUCCUGGAAUGGCUAGCGGAGAAGUACAAGGAUUUUGGUGCAAAUCUCGAAUUCGUAUCCGACAGGUCCGGAGAAGGCAAUCAGUUUGUCAAGGGCUUUGGUGGCAUUGGCGCAAUGCUUAGGUACAAGGUCAACUUUGAACAACUUGCUGAUAUUGAUGACGAGGACGAAUACUACGAUGGUUAGCAUAUCCCCUCCUGACACACACAACUUGUUACAAGCUGCAGUGGCUGAUAAGGGGUAGAUUGAUGGUUUUGUUCCCUCGCAAAUAAGCGCGAGGAUGUAUCUCCAGGCACUGGUCUGAGGGCGUCCCGCGAACGGCUGCAUUGUCACCGCUCUCGCGGUGACUGUGUUGCCACUGGUGGGGGGGGGGGGUGGAUGGCGUGUCGUGGCAGAGGACUGGUUUGAUGGCUUCGGUCGAUUAAGUGAAUUCACACUCAAGUGACAUUAAAAAAGGCACAGAAUUGAACAGGUAAAUGCUAUUUUAAUGCCGAAUUGGUGGAGACUGGAGGUGUGCUGAAUUGGAGCUCUGGAUGGGGACGAAAAUGUUUGUUUUAGAACACUAUGCACUACUUUUUUCCUUGGUGUUGAGAAUUGGCCGGUUGGUUUGUUGGGUCCGGCACUGCGUUCUUUAUCGAAAGUGAGCACAAAAUAAAAACCUUUGGGUCUCUUUUAGAUCCGAUGGGUUGGAACCUUA